UAACAUUCCUGUCACCCUGGUUAGCUUCGGGUCAUUCGGUUUUUAGCCACGGAUGUCUGAAAUUCACAGCACACUGCUUGUGACGGCCAUUUCCGUUGGGCGGUUAUCAGGGCAGGACUUAAAUGGGAAUAAUAGUGGACAUUGACGCUCUAUGGGAAAAGUGGCCUAAACACCCAGUGGAAAUGAUGGCCUACUUUCUAGUUUGGAUAUGUAGAGUUGUACACUGUCACCCAUCCCAAACAGACCAGAAGGAGUCAUGGGGAGUGUGUUCUUGCCGUCGGACCUCGCCAACACAGUGCUGAGGCGUUUGCGCAGGGACAAUGGCUACCUGUUAGAGGAGAUCCGUCAGGGCAACAUCCAGAGAGAGUGCAGAGAGGAGAUCUGCACCUACGAGGAAGCCAGGGAGGCCUUUGAGAACGAUGACAAAACUCAACGGUUCUGGGAGGAGUAUGUGCGGGAGAGCAGUGGCGGGCAGCAGUUGGAGGGCAGAGUCCACUCCCUCUACCUGAUCCUCCCCUUGCUCCUGGUGCUCCUGAUCUCCGGCGUGGCCAUCACUGUGUGGCGCUGCCACUCCCGCAAGCGCUCGGAACGCAACCCCGCGCUGGGCCACUCCCACCGGGACCCCACCCUAUCAUUAGUCUCCAUGGACCGGUGGGGGCGGGACCUCCACGACCACUCGGAGCUCAGCGUCAACAGUAGCCCCGCCGACCCGGGCUCGGAGGUCACGCCGGCGAGGGGAGGCAGAGGAGACCCGCCCCCGUCUUACGAUGAGGCGGUCGGCCACACAGAUGUGCACAUAGAGACAGAGCCUCCUCCUCAGUAUGAGGACAUCAUUGACCAUGGGAAGUGAAGUGACACCCCCCCCAUGCCCUGUCUCAACCGGCCUCCAUCCAGCUAGAUCAGGGGUGUCAAACUCAUUCCAUGGAGGGCCUUCUGUCUGCUGGUGUUUUUUUUCUUUUCUUCUCAAUUCAGACCAGUUGAGGGGAGGUACUAACUAAUCAAUGACCUUAAUUUGUCAGUCAGGUCCAAGGGAGGAGGGAAAACCUCAGUGGGAGGGAGGAGGGAAAACCUCAGUGGAAUAAGUUUGACACAUGAGCUUCCUGCCCGGUCUCACCCUCCUGCUCACCUCCCUCUAACUGUUAUGUUACUACACUAACAGAGAUGUUGGAUGCAAUAACGUUGAUGCUUGCACUGACCAUCGGAUAGGGGUGGAGUGAUGGUGAAGAUGAUACCAAAUGUUUGAUUUUGCUAUACCCAAAUGUACAGUUAUUUAACCAUACUGCCAUACAUCAGUGAUGUUAUGAGUACGCUGGAGGUUUGGGGCUUGAUGAAUGGUAAAAAAAGAAAACUGUUCUGAUUUCCAUACUUCUAAAAAUAAGAGCUAUCAAAUCUGAUAACUAAAAAGUUAUUUUCAAAACAUGAACAUUUUAAAAAGUAUUAUUUCAAGCUGUGUACUUUCUGAUCUGUGUGUGUGUGUGUGUGUGUUGUUUUGAAUGUUCUGGGAGUGAAUUGUAAAAAAAAGAAAAAAAGUUGUAAUUUUUGCCAUACAUUUUGGUUAGCCAGUAGUAGCUUUGUACACAGACUUGGAUGGAUCUAUCCCAGCGUCAUAUGAAUUAGUCAGGGACAGUCAAUAUUCUCAGAACAUAUUCCCUAAGUGUGCAUCCCAAAUGUUACCCUAUUCCCUAUGUAGUGUACUAAUUUUGACUCGUCCAUAUGGGUAUUAGUGCACUAAAUAGGGCAUAGCGUCUCCGUGUGACACUAUGGGAGCUGUGCUGGCGUGACCUGCGAGGGAACAUGGGACAGGAAGCUACACACAAUUACUCAUUUUCUCUCUUUGGGCUACAUACAAUAUUAAAUAUUACACACGCACAGUGUGUGUGUGUGUGAGCGCAUUUUUAUUUUACUGCGGAUAACAGCACCGACUACAUUGAUGAUAAUAAUGGUGUGAAUAACAUGAGGUGUUUGACUGAAGGCACUUUGUGUUGUGGCAGUUGGUUUGGUUCUAUUCAGCACUACCAAUAACACUCACCAAUAAUGUUGUCAGCUUUUGGGCGACUGUAUAUUUUACAUGCCAAUUAUGCAGCUGGGGGACUAAAUGUAGACAUCCUAAACACUAAAUAUCUGUGUAAUAUUCAUACAUGUAAUAUGACGAUGGCCCUGUAAACACUUAUUUCUUGAGACAAUGUAGUUUGACCGGGAUUCAAUCUUAUCCGCGUCAAAGUGCGUUGACAUUUUAACAGUAAUUCCUGAUUGUGCCGACAUUGCAACGUGUACUGUUAAUGCGAUCUCAGCAAACGUUGGGAACAUUGCCUUUAGAAGGCGUAAUGUCGACAGCACUCUACGUAUUGAAGUACGGCCUUUGUCUGCACAAUAAUGUUUACACAGUAAUUGUGCCGUGUCACUACAAAAAUAAUCACACAGCGUUGUUGAGAUUUUUUUUGCGUUGCAUCACAACCAUUGUGCCAAAUGCGUUAUACAUCAGUUGUAGAACUUGAGUGUGCACGGGGCCUGUGUAAUCUGUACACUGCAGAUGUAUGAGAGGACUGAUGUAUUUUGUUGACCUGUGGAACUGCAGCACUUAUCUCUAUGCUAUAUGACCUGUGAUUGGGAUGUGCUGGUUGAUGUAGACAUUUUGGUUGGGUUUAUGGCCCUGUCCAGAAAUGGCCCCUACCCUUUUAAUCAAGGCUCUCCAAUCCUGUUCCUGGAGAGCUACCCUCUUGUACAGUUUCACUCCAAUCCCUGUUGUAACUAACCUGGUUCAGCUCAUCAGCCAGCUAAUUAUUAGAAUAAGGUGUGCUAGAUUAGGGUUGGAGAGAGAACCUACUGGAUGGUAGCUCUUCAGGAACAGGGUUGGAGUGAGAACCUACAGGAGUGUCGCUCUCCAGAAACAGGGUUGGAGUGAACACCUACAGGAGGGUAGCUCUCCAGGAACAGGGUUGGAGUGAACACCUACAGGAGGGUAGCUCUCCAGGAACAGGGUUGGAGUGAAAACCUACAGGAGGGUAGCUCUCCAGGUUGACAGCAGAUACGUUUACCUCAUUUCAUGCAAUUCUACUCAUUUUGCCAUGGGGUAGUUUAACAGCAAAUGUUCUGCAAUUUGGCACAUUUUGCAUUAGGGUGGAGAGAUUAUUUUUUUUGGUUGCAGUUUUUAAUAUCUGAUUGAGAUUAACAAAAUCAAUAGGGGCCCCCGGUUUAUAAUUUUACCAUAAAAGCUUUAGAUAGCUGGCCACUAAAACAAGCAAUCUAAAAAUGUUUAGCUGACAUGAGCUAAUUGAAUGACUAUCAGUGACUUGACAUAAGAGAAACAGCUGAUGCACAUCCACAUUUGGAAAUUGCACUUUGUGUAUUCUAUUCUAACUCUCAACAGUCGUAAGUUGAUACCCUGACUGUUCCUAUUAUUAUUAUAUUAUUGAUUUGAUGGCCUUCGAAAGGCUGGCCGUCAGUUGCCAAGCCCUGUGUUAAAGCAAUAUGGUGAUAGUUCCACCUUUCCCUCUGAUAGGCUAAGUGGAAUAGUUGCUAUUUUGCUUACAUCUGUCCAAUCAUUUCAGAUCUUUUAAGUGUACACAUAGGUGGUAGAAGAUGAGUUUCUGGACAUGACCUAUUAUUGUACUGUUACCUUUUGAAAUUCUGUUUUUACAAUGCCUUAAGCAAAUACAUUAAUGUAAAUAUAUGGUAAACCUUUGGAUAUGUACUGACCUUGAAUUAAUUUGUAAUAAAAUACAUUCAAAUGUGUGGA